AUGAAUGCUAUUAAGAUGAUUCAUACUAUUGCUAGAUUUUAUAACACUAAUGACAAAAUGACUGGCUUGUUUGUCAAAAUCACUAAUCAAAUGAUUAAGAACUGCAAAGAGAGAAUAUUAAAUGGAGGAAAGAAUUAAGAAAUUUGGAAUAGAGAUCCUUCUGAAUUAAAUGAAGUUCUAAGACAAUGUAUACAACUCAAUAGAGAAUACAAGGAUAGUUAUAAAGAGACUAAGGAGAAAGUGGCUGAUAUGCCCAAAGGUAAAACAUUCGAUUUCCCAGAAACAUAGAUAUUUGGUAAAUUUGAUACUUUUGUCAGAAGAUUGGUUAAACUAAUUGACAUAUUUUAAAAUAUCUAAUAAUUCUAGGCUUUGGCUAAACACAACCUAGAAGGUAUGGAAUAAUUGACUGCUAAAUUCAAUUAAAUCAUUAAGGAUUUCAAAGCCAAAAAUCAUGAUUUGUUAGACACAAACAGUAAUAAAUUUGAUAGAGAUUGGGUUGAAUUCAAUGUUGAAAUAUCCCAUUUGGAUAUGUAAUU